UUCUCGAUACGCUGUUGACGGCGUCGACGCUCGUACCGUCGACGACCACGCCGUUGUCUGAUACAUUGGAUACUCUCUUGCUGCAAACCAGCUCUUCGCCGUCUGUACCUUCUGUCGUUACUGCUGCACCGGCGGUCGUCGACCAGUUGUCCCAACUCAGUGACCUUGGCACAACAAUGCCACCAGCAACGGUUGCUGACAGCACGGUGCCGCGCAAUGAGCACAGCGAUUUGCUCAGUCGCUCAAGAAUGGCCAAGGUGGACGCACAUGCACUCGCAGCGCUUACAGCGGAGACCUCGAUCGGCAACAAUGAUAUGCCGUGGCUGAGUCCGCUCAUCUCGGCGGUGCUUGGGACGACCGUGCUAUUGCUCGGCUUUUUCCACUUUCAGGCGAUCCACCCCGAGUCCGUCGCGCCAGAUGCGUAUACUGAGGCGCUAUGGCAGCCCAACUCAUGGGAGCUCCCGCUUUUUUUGAGCGCGCUCCAGCAUGUGGCAGUUCUCGCGCUCACCAAGAAUAACAACCGCCCGCAACUCGUCUACAUCCGGUUUCUGGACAACUUCAGCUGGAGUAUUUUCCUCGUGCCAUCACUCUCAGCCACGACCGCGCCGUCAACGUCGACUGCCGUGUCCACUGCAGUUUUGGGUCGCGGCCUCACGUCGUACGACCCCUCUGGCUUUGUUCAGUUUGCGCUGCGGUCCGGCGUCCGCGAGCAAGAUUGGUUUGUGCGCUUGAUGGCCACGGUGCUCUGUGUGAUUGCACUUCUGCUGCUGGUUAUCGCUUCAUCGGGGGCGUGGGCGUACGUGGCAUCGCGCGCUGCCGUCGGAUACGACUCUGAGAGCGCGAGCGCUCAUUCGCGCUACGUGCAACUGCGGACGCUCUCGCACCAGUGUCUCGGGCUUCUUGUUGUCAUCGGAUUCUUGGCCGUGCUGCCGCUCAUCUACAUCGCCGUCGUUGAGCUCCUCCAGGACGGUUCGACGUCGCUGUGGUCGUCAACGAACGGCCUCCUUGCCGUUGCGACACUGCUGCUAUUGCUUCUCAGCUCUGUCGUUCUCCUUCGGUGGCUGCACCGGCAGUCGCGCAUCGCUCUCGCCAAGUGGCGCGUCCGCAUCGUCUUUGGCGUUUUGUACGCCAACAUGCAGUACGACCGCCGCUGCUUCAUCGGCGCAGUCUUCAUUCUCGAAACUGUCGUCGCCGGCAUCGUCGCCGCACUCACACUUGACGGCGUCUCGCAACUGCUUGCGCUUAUGGUUGUCCACGGUCUCUUCGUCCUCCUUAUCUUGCACCGGCGUCCGUUUCCGAGCCGAGUGCAUUUGCACGCUACGCUCGGCGUCGAAGGUUUCCUACUGGUCCUCUACGGUAUUGGCGCCGGUCUGAACAUGCGCAUUACGAUUCAAACGCAGCUCGUCCUCUCGUACACUGCCGUGUCGCUCAUCACUCUCGCGGUCGUCGGCGUUUGGGUCCGGCAGCUCGUGCAUCUUGCCAAGUACGCUGGGUGCAGUGCCAACAAGGCGGCGAAGGCGGGCGACAACGCGCUCCUCGAAAUGGGCCACUUGCCUCUAACGACGUCGCGUGGCCGGCCUCGACCGCCGGCGGCCACACUUUAG